AUGGCUUUGGCAGAAGUGGCUAUCUUUGCUGACACUAACUUGGGAACCCGAAUCGUCGUGACAGUUCCUUUGGAUAUCAAAGCAGCAGAUUUCAAGAGGAAACUUGAGAAAACACACGCAAGUUGCUUACCGAGCUUAGGGGAGAUACGAGUUCAUGGUCUAAUGGUUAAACGAAAGUCUCAGUUUUUCUACGUUGCCGAGUCUGUGCCUAUAAAAUACAUCUUCGGGGAUCACCAAAAGCCCUGUUUUGUCCACGCAGAAGCUACACUUGUGAACAGAUCACAAGAGCCAAGAGUAUCCAACAGUACUGACUCCGGUUCUGAUAAGUCCCUUGAAGGCGUCGUUGGAUUGAUCCAUGGUGAAAGCAAGAAGGUCAAGGCUUCUCUGGCCAAACCUGAUUCCAGGAAUCCAGCAUCCCCUGAAAAGAGCGAGUUUCUUGCUCCUGAACCUGAAACCAUAGUAAGAUCUUCACUGUCAACAGCAAGAGCUGCAGAUAUGAAAAGCUCCGAAUGUAUCAACAGCUUCGUACCAAAAACGCCGGAGAGGAAACCUGGAGAUGUGCUGAGUAAAAGUGAAAUGAUAAGCAAGAAACUGAUUGUAGCUGCAAACAACAUCAGAAUGCAAGGAAAGACUCGUAUGUCAUCUUCACUAUCAUCAUCUAUUUUCAGAAGCAAGUCUCGCAUUAAGAGAUCUGUAGAUGGUAAGACAAUCACUUCUCUUGCAAAAUUUCUUGUCUUUGAGAUACCUGAUACUGAGGAUUAA